AUGAGGCGGCUCGGUUGGUGCCACGUCCGGACGGCGGUGGCCGCGGUGUCCCUGCUCACCCUGGGUUUCCUCGGCGCGAUCCUGGACCGUACCACCCUCUCCCGGGUCCACGGCUGCGACCCGGACCAGGUGAACGUGCGGAAUCUGCUGCUGAGCGACAAGACCGACGCGCAGCGACCCGCUCCGCCGCCCGACCCCUUCGACUUCCACCCGCAGCGGGGCAUCCGCGACAAGUGGGGGAAAUACGCGAUCCACCCGUUCGUCUGGACGGGGACGGAGUGGGACGGGCUCUCGGAGUCGAGCCGGGUGUGUGCCGCGACCCAGGUCACCAUGGAGAGACUCUAUCAGUUGAUCAACGUGAGUCGGGUGUGGAAGGGGCCGAUCUCCGCGGCCGUCUUCACGCCGGACGUGGAGGUGGACGUGGGACGCGGGAUCGUGGAGAUGCUGCGUCGAUGCGUCCCGGAGAUCCGUCGGCAAGUCUCCUUCCACUUCGUCACGGAUCUGGAGCAUCCCCCAAAACUCCUUCCCGAGGACGGGGACUCCAAAGUGCAGGACGAGGGGUACCUUUGCUCGAAUUUGGAGAAGGAGAUCGAAUCGCUGCUGGCGAAGAGACCUCCUUCGAUGAUGGAGUGGCGGGUCCCCCUGAAAUACCCUCAGAAUCUGAUGAGGAACGUGGCUCGGUCGUCCUGCAGCACUCCUUUCACGUUCCUCAUCGACGUGGACAUGGUCCCCAUGCCCGGCUUGAAGGAGUCGCUGGAUGGCUUCUUGCACUCUCACGGACACGAGUGCACCAAGUGCGUGUACGUCGUCCCCACCUACGAGAUCCACGACAACGCCAGCGUGCUGCCUCGGAACAAGACGGAGUUGCUACGGCUGGUGGAUAAGAAGCUCGCCCGGCCGUUCCACGUGAAGGUGGCCGUGAGGAACUCGGAAUCCUCGGACCUGGCGAGGUGGGAGUCCAUUCCCGAGUCACCCCGCCUCGAGGUGGCCUACAACGUCACCAAGUACCGGAUCGGCUACGAGCCCGUCUACGUGGCCCGUGCCGACGUCCCUCAUUUCGACGAACGUUUCAUCGGCUACGGCUGCACCCGUUACACUCAGGUGAGCACCCCUCGACGAAGAACGUAA